CACGGCGAGGAGCUGCUGGCGACGGAGCGCGACUUCAGCCGGCGCGGCCGCGUCAACUACAUGCUCGGCCGGAGGCUCGAGCUGCUCGCGCGCGUCGAGGCGCUCGCAAAGUCGCUCGACGUGCCCGCCGACGUUGGCUACACCUGCGAGACGGCGGGCUACUUCUUCAAGGCGACGGUCGCGCCGCGGUGGGAGGCGUUCGAGGCGGAGGCGCGGCGCGCGGGCGACGAGGAGGGGGCCGUCGAGCGCCACUUCCCCUUCUCCGACUUCUUCGCCGACACGCCCUCGCCGCUGUUUGCGCCCGCCGCCAGCGGCGCGGCGCACCUCGACGCGGCGCGCGGCGCGUGGCGGCACGUGGAGCUCGAGGAGUGCCGCGCCUUCGAGCUGCUCCGCUCCUCGUACGACCGCGGAAACUACCUGCUCACCAAGCACGCAAAGGCGGUGGCGGUGGUCGCGAUGACGUGCACGCACGCCGCCAUCAAGCGCAAGGAUUUGGUGAGCCUCGCGUUCCAGUACGACAACCUGGUCAUGGAGGAGGCGGCGCAGAUCAUGGAGGUCGAGGCCUUCAUCCCGAUGGUGCUGCAAAACCCGGACACCGCCACGGGCAAGUCGCGCCUCAAGCGGGUGCUGCUCAUCGGCGACCACCACCAGCUGCCGCCCGUCGUCAAGAACCUCGCCUUCCAAAAGUACUCGCGCCUCGACCAGUCGCUCUUCGCGCGGCUCGUGCGGCUCGGCGUGCCCGCGACGCAGCUCGAUUUCCAGGGCCGCGCGCGCCCCGCGAUCGCCAACCUCUACCGCUGGCGCUACACCUCGCUCGGCGACCUGCCCGGCGUGCUCGCGCCGGACGGGCCGCACGCGCUCGCCGUGCCGGGCUUCCGGCACGACUUUCAGCUCGUGCACGUCGCCGACCCGCAGGGGGUGGGCGAGUCGACCCCUCUGCCGCACUACGUCCAG